GCCCGCGUAACCCCUCUGAGGAAGCGUUAGAUGACCAUGACGUGCUGUCCUUCAUGACUUAUAGCCUGAGUGAGACCUGGGAAGAGUCUCCAGCAAUGCAGGUCCCAAAUGAUGAGAAGAAAAAGUUUGAUAAAGAUUUUGACAAGUUCCAAAAAGAAUUAGAGAAACAGAUUAAAGACUUCCAGAAAACACACCCAAAACCAAAUGAGGAUGUAUUUGAAUCAGAAAAUCAGCGGGAGCUGGAGAUGGUUCUUGGUGGGCAGGCUCGAGUAUUGGAGGACCUGAGUGUUUUAAAAGAGAGACUAGAGAUGGCACUAGAAGAGCAGAAGAGAUACAGAGGCUUCCUCAUCAACUCUAAAACCAAUGAAACAACAACUGUGAAGGAGGAGCAUGUUCAUGAUGCCCUAGAGACUGUGAUGAAUGGGAUGCCAGAUCUUCUCUCCAUGCUGAAGGAGCUAAAAGGGGACAUUUCAAAGAUGACAGCCAAAGCCAAAGAACUAUAUCCCUCAGCGGAUAAAGAAAGCAGCACAAGUAAUUCAAAAAACAUUGCUUUGGAUGUCAAUGAGGAUUUUAACAAAAUCAAAAAAAGCCUACAAGGCUUAGUGAAAAAUACGGCGAGUGGGCACCAAUCUCCCUGUCCCUUGAACCCUUCUGUGACAUCUUGUGUUUCUGGUGGCAUGUUUGUCACGUUCCUUCUUUUCCAGACUCUAUGCACCGUGAUAUACAUGUUGUACAGUAGCAGAAAGAAUUCCGGCUCAAAGAAAUUCUACUGAUGGACGGACGUUUAUAGGAAUGAAAACAAAGGAUUCUGAAUAUGCUAAAAGCAUCCUAAGAAAUUGGACUCUCUAUUCACUAUUGAUUGUUUUAUAUAUUUAGGAAUGUGUAAUUAUUUGGAUAUUCAAACUAAUGUAGUUUUUUUUUACUUUGUAUAGAAACAUCCAUUUUACAAAAAAAAUACAAAAGUACCUUUAAAAUCAAAGCACAACUCUAAUAUUUUAGCAU